AUGAGUUACUAUGAUAUAUUAAAUAAGCAAAAUUUAACAUUGCCAGAGGUUGAUACAUUUGAAUCUGUUCCAUCUACACCUUCAAUGAUUGAAGAUGAUUUAGAAUUUUGUGAAAUAGAUAAUGACAAUAAUGUUUAUUUUAACAAAAAUAACAAAGACAAGUUUUUAAAUUUAUUUGAAUUGGCAAGAGAUGUGGAAAAUUUGGAAAAAAUUGCAGAUGAUGAAAGUAUAUAUGAUGAAGAUGAUGAUUGUGAAUUGGAAGAAGGAGAAGAAGAAGAAGAAGAAAAUAACAAAAAUUCUGAAGAUAAUGUUAGUGAUGAUGAAUUUGAAAUCAUUAUUGAUAAAACAACUGACAGUCAUAAUUAA